AUGUGGGGAGAGCUGCUUGAACUAGAAGCCAACACCACAGAGAGCAGACCUGUUUCAUUUGAACAGGUGGAUCCAGCUGUUCUUGAAGCUGGCCCGGUGGGUGGUAGAGUGCUGGGCUGUUGGAGAGCUCGAGCUGCAAGCCACCGAGCGCGAGCUCGAGCGCGGCGCGCUGGCCAGGGAACCCGAGAGCGCACGGCGCCCCAAGCUGGCAGGCGCCGCGGGACCCCCCAUCCUCGCCGGCUGCCCUUCCCCGGGCGCCCCUACCCUCCUCGCCCGCAGGAGACCCUGGGCUUCACCGGAGGAGCUCACCCCAAGGGGCCAGGACUCCGGCGGGCCCGCCACCGUCCCCUCCAGUGCCGCCGCCACCGCCGCAGCCGCGGGAGCAGCAUGGUCCAGCUGGGGAAGCUGCUCCGCGCCCUGACUUUGAUGAAGUUUCCCUGCUGCGUGCUGGAGGUGCUUCUGUGCGCGCUGGCGGCGGCGGCGCGCGGCCAGGAGAUGUACGCCUCGCACUCCAUUCGGAUCGAGGGGGACGUCACCCUCGGGGGGCUGUUCCCGGUGCACGCGAAGGGUCCCAGCGGAGUGCCCUGCGGCGACAUCAAGAGGGAGAACGGGAUCCACAGGCUGGAAGCGAUGCUCUACGCCCUGGACCAGAUCAACAGCGAUCCCAACCUGCUGCCCAACGUGACGCUGGGAGCGCGGAUCCUGGACACUUGUUCCAGGGACACUUAUGCGCUCGAACAGUCGCUCACUUUCGUCCAGGCGCUCAUCCAGAAGGACACCUCCGAAGUGCGCUGCACCAACGGCGAGCCUCCGGUUUUCGUCAAGCCCGAGAAAGUAGUUGGAGUGAUUGGGGCUUCGGGGAGUUUGGUCUCCACCGUGGUAGCCAACAUCCUGAGGCUUUUCCAGGUAGGGGGGCGCUCCCUCCGGGGCAGAGCGCGCCGUAGCUCCCCGCGCUCUUUAUCCUGAAGGCUGGCUUGGACUCCAGGGGUGCGGGGUCUGGUCAGCCUUCGCUCAUUUCCACCCUGGAGAUCCUGCCGAAUCCCUCCCACCUCACCCGAGGAGGUACUUUCCCUGCUUGAUUCAUUUCCCUUCCAUCUCUCCCCUGUCCGCGCUCCGCUCCAUCCGGCUUGACAUUCUGGAUUUAUGGCCCCAUUGACAAGAAACAGUCUCCGAAAAACAAGGCGAUGAUUUAAAUGGGUUUGCAUUCGAGUGAAAUAUGGUUCCAAAACAGGCUUGUAAAAGUGCCGGGCGGGCUCCUGUGAGAGCCACCUAGGCGCAAGGAAUAUGAAAGAUGAGAAGACGCCUAGAAACUAGGCAUUUCUCAACCCCCCAGCUACCCUGCCCCAAGCCGCCCGACAAGCUGCAGCUGCCUUGGAAAAUUUCGAGAAGCGCUUAGGGAGGCAGUUCUUAAACCGAAGGCUAGGUCUUCACCUACAUUUGGACGUGAAUUGCCCAUUUCGCUCGGGUUGGAUUUCCCGACCUGUAACCUGUCUCUGCGAGGGCAUGGGGCGGAAGGCGUGGGGACUGUCCUCAAGCGGGGAGAAGCCACCGGCAGACGUGCCCCCAGGUGAUUUGCUCUGGGCAGUUGUUUGCACCGUCUAAACUGCCUUUGCGAUCCGGCCACUGGCAGGAGCCGGGCGAUCAGCUUUCUACUCCUGCCAGCUCAGAGCCCGGAGGUGAGCUCAUGCUAACUGCGAAACACAAUCGUUUUCUCUGCACCCACCCUGUGCCCAUCCUUUCCCACGACCUCCCUAACGCAGCCCCCAACCCCAGUCCUGGGUUUUGAGGACGAUUCUCAGAGCCAGACAAGAAGGCGCCUGGAGGGAGGCAGUAGGGUGCGCCGAGCAAGGCCGGGCGGUCCUCUAGCUCCGGGUGCAGGCGGGCAACGGCGGAAGAUGCGAGGA